AUGGCCUCUGACAUGCAUUCUGCUGGAGCCGCCGUCGAGCUCAAGGACAAUACUGUCAUUGUCGUGCUCGGCGCCUCCGGCGACCUUGCUAAGAAGAAGACGUUUCCUGCUCUCUUUGGUCUCUACCGAAACCAGUUCCUGCCUAAGGACAUCAGAGUCGUCGGCUAUGCACGGACAAAGAUGGACCGCGACGAAUACAUCAAACGGGUCAGAUCGUACAUCAAGACGCCAACAAAGGACAUCGAGCAGCAGCUGGACGAGUUCUGCAACAUCUGCACCUACGUGUCUGGCCAGUAUGAUAAGGACGAGUCGUUCCUGCAGCUCAACAAACAUCUCGAGGAGCUGGAACAGGGCAGGAAAGAAACGCACAGGUUGUUCUACAUGGCUCUGCCGCCAAGCGUCUUCACCAUCGUGUCGCAGCAUCUGAAGAAGUGCUGCUACCCUACUAACGGCAUCGCCCGUGUCAUUGUCGAGAAACCGUUCGGCAAGGAUUUGGCGAGCUCCCGGGAGUUGCAAAAGUCUCUCGAGCCGGAUUGGAAGGAAGACGAAAUCUACCGCAUCGAUCAUUACUUGGGCAAGGAGAUGGUGAAGAACAUUCUCAUUCUGCGGUUCGGCAACUCGUUCCUGGGCGCGACUUGGAACAGGCACCAUAUCGACAAUGUGCAGAUCACGUUCAAGGAGCCGUUCGGCACCGAAGGGCGUGGUGGAUACUUUGACGAGUUUGGCAUCAUCCGGGACGUCAUGCAGAACCACUUGCUCCAGGUCCUAACCCUCCUAGCCAUGGAGAGGCCUAUCUCAUUCUCCGCCGAGGAUAUUCGGGACGAGAAGGUGCGCGUUCUUCGUGCGAUCCCGGCCAUCGAACCAAAGAACGUCAUCAUCGGCCAGUACGGGAAGUCGCUUGACGGCAGCAAGCCGUCGUACAAGGAGGACGAUACCGUUCCGAAGGACUCGCGAUGCCCGACUUUCUGCGCGCUGGUCGCUUACAUUAAGAACGAGCGGUGGGACGGUGUCCCCUUCAUCAUGAAGGCGGGCAAGGCGCUCAACGAACAGAAGACCGAGAUCCGGGUCCAGUUCAAGGACGUCACGUCGGGGAUCUUUAAGGACAUCCCGCGGAACGAGCUCGUGAUGCGCAUCCAGCCGAACGAGAGCGUUUACAUCAAGAUGAACUCGAAGCUCCCCGGCCUGACGAUGCAGACGGUGGUCACCGAGCUAGACCUCACCUAUCGGAGACGGUUUUCUGAUCUGAAGAUCCCCGAGGCGUACGAGUCGUUGAUCCUGGACUGCAUCAAAGGCGAUCACUCCAACUUUGUGAGAGACGACGAGCUCGACGCCAGCUGGAGGAUCUUCACACCGCUUCUGCACUACCUGGACGACAACAAGGAGAUAAUUCCCAUGGAGUACCCAUAUGGCUCUCGGGGCCCUGCUGUGCUCGACGACUUCACCUCCUCGUACGGAUACAAAUUCAGCGAUGCCGCCGGAUACCAGUGGCCGACAACAUCGGCUGCGGGGCCAGGCAACAAGUUGUGA